AUGAAAACCGGAACCCCGCCAGAUAUCACAAAUUCCGAUGAUCCUAAUCGCCGACAUUCUGAGGAUUCUAAAACGGUCCAAAUCAAACCAGACCACUAUGCCCAAGAUGGUUCAGUUAGAGCAGAGGACGCUGGUGUAGGCAGUAGCAAAUUCGUCCACGUUGGCUCGUCUGAUAAACACGUCAAGUUUUGUGAAACCAAUGUCAAUGAUCGAGGUAAAACGAACGGGAAGCGCAGCGAUGCGCUGCAUGUUGUUGUCUUGGGCCCUACUGGAGGUCCUCGGGAAGAUCGAGUCACUGGCCUUCUUGUCCGCUCUUUGGCGACUGACUGGACUCCGAACUCCAUGAUUGUUGUUGACGCGGGUGUCCUGCUUUCUGGAAUUAUUGAAGUCCUCAGGGAGUGUGAAAGCGAGGAUGGCGUUCUCACAUCUGGCCCUUUCGUUGGUAUACAACUGCCACACGAAAGUCCCGAGGCAAACGGAGCUUAUAUUUUCAAAAAGAUUAUCGGGAGUGUUUUGAUAACGCACUCCCAUCUGGACCAUGUGUCAGCAUUGGCCGUGAAUACUCCAGCUCUUACUAGCGAAAACGGCCCGAAGACAGUUGCAGCGCUCCCAUCUGUGAUACAUUCCCUCAAAACCCAUAUCUUCAACGAUUCAAUCUGGCCAAAUCUCUCCGAUGAGGACGGGGGUGUUGGUUUUAUCACGUAUCAGCGCCUCGUGGACGGGGGAAACCCAAUGAUGGGCUUUGGUGAGGAGAGGGGUUAUAUACAGGCUUGUGAGGGGCUACUUGCUCGGUGCCAUGGUGUAAGCCAUGGCCGCUGCAAGUCCGACCCGAGCCCUGACGCUGAAUUAUCCCGUCGAUCGAGCAAUGCUUGGUUGUUGCCAACGCCAGACCGACGUCGUCCAUCCCAGGAUGCAACUGCGAACGGGACUUUGAACAUAUCUUCGCCUUCUUUGAAAAAUCCGGACUCGUCCUUUACCUCGUUUGAAAGCUCUGCCUUUUUCCUCCGUGACCAGUAUACGGGAGCGGAGAUCAUCAUCUUUGGCGAUGUUGAGCCCGAUUCAAUAUCGGUCAAUCCACGCAAUCAAGCAGUCUGGGAGAUGGCUGCGCCCAAGGUUGCUUCCGGUCAACUGCGCGCUAUUUUCAUCGAAUGCUCGUUUACCAAUGCUGUCGAUGACCUCUACCUCUUUGGUCACCUCUGUCCGCGACAUUUGGUUCAAGAGCUGGACACACUAGCUUCACUCGUGGCCCGAGAAAAGGGCAUGACAUACCCAGCAGUUAUCAAGCGCAAACGCGAGGGUAGUUCCGAUCCAAUCAUAGGGCAGCCAAGCCCUAAAUGGCGCGCAAAGGACAAAGGUAAAGGCGCGUUAUCCCAGGGCAUCGGGCGCGCCACAAAACUCGGGGAUGCCGAAUCAGCACCCCUCAUCGCUCUCGACCGCCAAACAAUUCGCCGUGAGGCGGACGUUGCUACAGAAAUCCCGAAGGCAGAAAAGCCUUUGUCCGGCCUUUCCGUAUAUAUAAUUCACGUGAAAGAGGAUUUGACUGACGGUCCACAUCCGCGUGAGACUAUCCUGGAAGAAUUGAACGACCUUGAGAAGAUUAUGGGAUUAGGAUGUCAAUUUCACACUCCAGUUCGGGGCGAGAGCAUUUAUCUUUAA